AUACAGGAUGCUAUGACCUUCGUACGUGAAUAUGGACGACCGUGCUUUUUUAUUACUUUUACAUGUAAUCCAAAAUGGCAGGAAAUUACAUCGUUAUUAUUACCUGGACAAAGUGCAAUACAUCGUCAUGACAGGGCAUGUGAACAUGCGCGUUCAAACGCUUCAGGAUCCAUCCGCCGAAACUUUUUCGAAACAGCUAUUAGAUAUUGGCAAUGGGAAAGUUGCCGUACAUGAAAAUACUGGAUCAAUAAAAUUACCACCUGGUUUUUGCGCAAUCGUCCACUCGCAAGAUGUUCUCAUCGACUGUAUAUUUCCCGAUGUACACACACAAUAUAUAAAUCUUGAGUGGCUGGCAGAAAGAGCCAUUUUAGCAGCGAAAAAUGUGGACGUUCAUGGAUUAAAUUUCAAGAUACAACAAUUGUUGCCAACAGACUCUGUGUCAUACAAAUCUGUUGAUAUAGUUUGCAAUACUAUCGAAGCUGUAAAUUACCAAGUAGAAUUUUUUAAUUCCUUGGAUUUGCCUGGCAUGCCACCGCACCACUUACAAUUGAAAGUAGGAUCUCCGGUGAUUUUGCUCCGUAACUUGAACCCACCACGGCUGUGCAAUGGCACACGAUUGGUUAUUAAAAAAUUAAUGACGAACGUGAUUGAGGCCACCACUUUAAAUGGCAAGUUUCAAGCUAAAAGCCACGAGGAACACAACCGGUCGGCCCAACUUGACGCCAUAGAACUCUUUUCUCAAUGAUAUCGAUGGUAUCGACCUCGCCUCGAAUGUUGAAUCGUCUGAUGAAUUCACUUGACCAUUCCACGACUUCAUAUACUCUGUGACAGUUGAGGUUUUCCCAGGACCUUCGUGAUCUCCUACCUUUUCUACGUCAUAUCGUCCAUGAGACUUAACUUUC